AUGGCUUUUAUUGGCCUCUCAUUAAAUGGAGCUGGCAUUGACACUUCUGGGGAUUUAGGGGUGGUAAUGAGAGGGCUGGAAGAAGAGCCCUUAGUUGAGGAUUUGAUUGUGGGAUUUGAGUCUGCUUUCUUAACGCGAUUGUUCAUUCACAAAGCCGAAAGGGUACGUAGGGGCCGUGGGCCUGGUAGUCGCAAUUUGUCGACUAGAGCCACGAUUGCUCGUUCGCUUCUGUCACUCGUCGGAGCCGCGAUUGCCCGUCCGCUUCUAUCACUCGUCGGAGUUGCUUCUGUUAGUCGUUGGAGUUGUGAUUUAGGGUUGGGAGCCUUUUCCUGGGCUACACUAGUUGAGAGGUUCCAGUGGUUUAGAGUGUAG